AUGUUUGUCCGGUCUGUUUCUUUGUAAGUUGUCCUGAUAGAUUCCCUACUGAAAAGUCAUAAGAAUGAGCAGCAAGGUAUUUGCAAUCUGGGUGCUUCUGGUUACAAGUACAAUUAUCACACUCUCCAAUCAGAGUUGUAUAAGCAAGUGGUUUGACCGUGACAACCCAGGUGGAAAUGGAGAUUAUGAGCUGUUGGCUGACCUUCUCAGUAUGUUUCCUGGAGAAAUAUGCCCGAAUCCAAUCGACAUAGAGGCCCAGACGACCUCCGGUCAACCAGCAUCUCAAACAGGAAACGUCUUUCAAGUAUACAAUCCAACAACUGGGUUUUCUUGUGUAAACGCAAACCAAGGAGGCGGGGUUUGUGCCGAUUAUAAGGUGCGCUUCACCUGCCCAGAGGAAUGGUGUUCAAAAUGUAGGACACCCUGGUUUGACCGAGAUAAUCCCGGAGGAGUGGGAGACUAUGAAACGCUGUCGUUAACCCUGGUAACAUACCCACACCAGGCCUGUGCUCAGCCCAUCGCCAUUGAGGUCACAACCAUUAGUGGGACCCCAGUACUGCCGACAGGAAAUAGUUUUCAAGUAUAUGAUCCGACAGAGGGAUUUGCUUGUGUGAAUGCACAACAGACUGGAGGGUGUCAAGACUACAGGGUCCGUUUCACAUGUCUAAAGAGUUUUUGUCUUCCAAAGUGUGUAACCAGGUGGUUUGAUUCCGACAAUCCUAAUACAAAUGGAGGGGAUUCUGAACUCUUGACUACACUUCUCAGUUUGAAUCCUGGGUACAUUUGUCCGAAUCCACUCGGAAUAGAGGCUCAAACGAUCUCUGGCCUGCCAGCAUCUCAAACAGGAAAUGUUUUUCAAGUAUUUAAUCCGAUAACUGGGUUUUCUUGUGUAAACGCAAACCAAGGAGGAGGGCUUUGUGCCGAUUAUAAGGUGCGCUUCACCUGCCCAGAGCAAUGGUGUUCAAAAUGUAGGACACCCUGGUUUGACCGAGAUAAUCCCGGAGGAGUGGGAGACUUUGAGACACUGUCGUUAACCCUGACAACAUACCCACUACAGGCCUGUGCUCAGCCCAUCGCCAUUGAGGUCACAACCAUUAGUGGGACCCCAGUACUGCCGACAGGAAAUAGUUUUCAAGUAUAUGAUCCGACAGAGGGAUUUGCUUGUGUGAAUGCACAACAGACUGGAGGGUGUCAAGACUACAGGGUCCGUUUCACAUGUCUAAAGAGUUUUUGUCUUCCAAAGUGUGUAACCAGGUGGUUUGAUUCCGACAAUCCUAAUACAAAUGGAGGGGAUUCUGAACUCUUGACUACACUUCUCAGUUUGUAUCCUGGGUACAUUUGUCCGAAUCCACUCGGAAUAGAGGCUCAAACGAUCUCUGGCCUGCCAGCAUCUCAAACAGGAAAUGUUUUUCAAGUAUACAAUCCAACAACUGGGUUUUCUUGUGUAAACGCAAACCAAGGAGGAGGGGUUUGUGCCGAUUAUAAGGUGCGCUUCACCUGCCCAGAGGAAUGGUGUUCAAAAUGUAGGACACCCUGGUUUGACCGAGAUAAUCCCGGAGGAGUGGGAGACUAUGAAACGCUGUCGUUAACCCUGGUAACAUACCCACACCAGGCCUGUGCUCAGCCCAUCGCCAUUGAGGUCACAACCGUUAGUGGGACCCCAGUACCGCCGACUGGAAAUAGUUUUCAAGUAUAUGAUCCGACAGAGGGAUUUGCUUGUGUGAAUGCACAACAGACUGGAGGGUGUCAAGACUACAGGGUCCGUUUCACAUGUCCAACGAGUUUUUGUGUUCCAAAGUGUGUAACCAGGUGGUUUGAUUCCGACAAUCCUAAUACAAAUGGAGGGGAUUCUGAACUCUUGACUACACUUCUCAGUUUGUAUCCUGGGUACAUUUGUCCGAAUCCACUCGGAAUAGAGGCUCAAACGAUCUCUGGCCUGCCAGCAUCUCAAACAGGAAAUGUUUUUCAAGUAUAUAAUCCAACAACUGGGUUUUCUUGUGUAAACGCAAACCAAGGAGGAGGGGUUUGUGCCGAUUAUAAGGUGCGCUUCACCUGCCCAGAGGAAUGGUGUUCAAAAUGUAGGACACCCUGGUUUGACCGAGAUAAUCCCGGAGGAGUGGGAGACUAUGAAACGCUGUCGUUAACCCUGGUAACAUACCCACACCAGGCCUGUGCUCAGCCCAUCGCCAUUGAGGUCACAACCAUUAGUGGGACCCCAGUACUGCCGACUGGAAAUAGUUUUCAAGUAUAUGAUCCGACAGAGGGAUUUGCUUGUGUGAAUGCACAACAGACUGGAGGGUGUCAAGACUACAGGGUCCGUUUCACAUGUCCAAAGAGUUUUUGUCUUCCAAAGUGUGUAACCAGGUGGUUUGAUUCCGACAAUCCUAACACAAAUGGAGGGGAUUCUGAACUCUUGACUACACUUCUCAGUUUGUAUCCUGGGUACAUUUGUCCGAAUCCACUCGGAAUAGAGGCUCAAACGAUCUCUGGCCUGCCAGCAUCUCAAACAGGAAAUGUUUUUCAAGUAUACAAUCCAACAACUGGGUUUUCUUGUGUAAACGCAAACCAAGGAGGAGGGGUUUGUGCCGAUUAUAAGGUGCGCUUCAUCUGCCCAGAGGAAUGGUGUUCAAAAUGUAGGACACCCUGGUUUGACCGAGAUAAUCCCGGAGGAGUGGGAGACUUUGAGACACUGUCGUUAACCCUGACAACAUACCCACUACAGGCCUGUGCUCAGCCCAUCGCCAUUGAGGUCACAACCGUUAGUGGGACCCCAGUACUGCCUGGAAGCAACUUUCAAGUAUAUGAUCCACUACAGGGCUUUGAGUGUGUGAAUGUGCCGCUGAGUGGAUGGAACUGUCAGGACUACAAGGUCCGCUACACGUGUCCGCAAAAUUUUUGCAAAAUCCCUGUCCUUUCAAGCCUCCCAUUAGAUGUCGAAAACAUGACUGCUUUACAAGUUUAGGCUAUAUCUGUCAAACUGAGUUUUUAAUUUAGAUUUAGAUUGGAAACAAAAUAAACAUUUGAUUGCAUUGCCA